GGGCUCAGUACACCAGAAUUUUGCGGACUUUACUUUUGUAACUGGAAAAAUAGUUGGAACCAGGCUAACGUUAAAAGGAGAAAUAGACUCCGGUGUAGCCAUCGACCUCACCAACAAAGCUUCCUUAGCUUUCCUACAGAGGCAUUUAGGACUUCAUAAAGACUUCAAUCAGUGGGACUCUCUGGUGGAAGGAAAGAACAAGAAUCUGAUCCCUGGGUCACCCUCUGAUGUAGUCAACCUGUCUCCGACUCUACAGAGCUCUCCAGGAUCACACACCCAGAAUUAGAAGAGCUGGUUACACAGUUUUCUUGUGAAAUUGAAAGAAACAGAGAGACAGAGAGGAAGAGAGAGAAUGGAAGAGAUAGACAGAUCUUAAUGUAUUUACCCAAAUGACCCAUUUUUAAAUGUACACUGUACUAUGGAAUAAAUGAUGGAUACCUGCACUAGGAUUUUUUUCCCAUGUAAAUGUAAAGAACAUAAAGAAGAGCAUAUAAAAAUCA